ACGGGGGCAUAUAUGAAAAACGUCUCGCCCUGCUAGUUUUGGACCUCAAGACUGGCAGUCUUUAUCCGGACAAGAAGUACGUGGCAGGCGUCGAUAUUGCGAAAAAGCUCCUGCAUCAUCUGUGGCUUGGAGUCCCUGACAAGAAGGCGAUGAACGUCCUGCUGGCAGUACCCAGCAUCGACGAUGGAGAAUUGUUCCGAGGAGCGGUACUUACCAUCCAUCGCCAAAGGCCCGACAUGAUCGACAAGAUAGGAUUCGACAUCACCAACAACGAGGACCUGACCACUAUUGAGAAGAUGUACCGGCAACUCGGCAUACGAGGUCAUCGGUGGCAAGGAGACGGUGUCAGCAACUGCGUCUCUUUCUUUCGACCUGCCGACAGGAUGAACAGCAUCGUCGAUAACCGCGACGCGGGACAAUCAUCCGCCUUCGUCGAGAAAGCUUACCAGUGGACCAUCGAUAUUCCGCAGCAGCUCCGACUGUCGCUCAGGUGCGAAUGACUCUUUGUUUGUUGAUCGAGCAGUUUAGGGGUUCUUUUAAACUCAU